GUCAUUUUUCCCCGCCAAAAUGCUGAUUGAAGACGAGAACAUUCGCUACGGCGGAGCUCAGGCUGAUGUUGAGGACGAUGCCGCCCGCAAGGCUCAAGAGCGUGAGCUCAAGAAAGCCGAAGUCCGUAAGCGUAUGGAGGAGGCAGCAAAGAAGGGAUCCAAGAAGAAGGGUUUCUUGACUCCAGAAAGAAAGAAGAAGCUUAGAAAACUUCUCAUGAUGAAAGCCGCCGAGGACUUGAAGCAACAGCAAAUGCUCAAGGAGCAAGAACGUCAGAAGACCCUUCAGCAGCGUACUAUCCCACUUCCAGACGUCGACUCGAUCAAUGAUCAGGGACAACUCUUGAAGAUCUAUGAGGAUAUGUUCGCCAGAGUUUGUGCUCUUGAGGAGGAGAAGUUCGAUAUCAACUUCGGAGUAUCCCAGACUGAGGCAGAGAUCAAUCAGUUGACUAUUCAAGUUAAUGACUUGAGAGGAAAGUUUGUGAAGCCAACAUUGAAGAAGGUGUCCAAGUACGACAACAAGUUCAAGUCAUCCGGAGAAGUUAAGGAAAAAUCAAACUUCCGCAACAACCUGAAAGUGGUCAAAAAGGAGACGGACCUCGACGAAAUCAUGGCAAAGAAGAAGGGAACCGCCGACGGAAAACCAGAAUGGUCCAAGAAAGAGAAGAAGGAAGAAGAGGCUGCACCAGUGGAACUAGCUGCUCCAGUCGAGCCAGAGGCCGAGCCAGAACCAGAAGCCGCCGAGCCAGCAGCUGAAGAGCCAGAAGCCGAAGAGGAAGAGGAAGAAGAGGAGGAAGAGGAAUAAGAAGUGGUGAUCUUUUUGUAGAUUUUUAUGUGCUUGAGCUUAUUGAUUUUUUAUUGUCAAAAAAAAAAUUAAAUAUGAUAAUCGCAUUUUUCAUUGCUACUUAUGAAAGUUAAUGGAGAGAAAUUGAAAUAAAUCUUUUGAAAACUGA